UAUAUUUGUAUGGCAAGCCACACAAAAUGUCAUAGCAUAUUAUGACUUUUUUGUGAUGUUUAUUUUCGCACGGUUUUUGCAUAUUUCAUAAAUUUCAUUCAAAUCUAUUCAUGAUGAAAUGCAACGAAUUUGAAAAAAGUAAACCUCGCCAUCAUAUGAACCUGGAUAAUUUGGAUAAAGCAUUACACGAUUUGGGAAUGUUGAGUGCAAUUACUGAAGCGCGACGUGAUUAUCUACGAGAAUCUAAAACUAAUCUGGGCGUAAUGAGGCUGAACACGCGGUACGUUUCCAACGUCACAGUGGGGUAUUGUAUGAAAAGAAGCACAAACAAAAACAGACUGUGCCCUUACCUGCUGCCCGUACGGCAUAGAACUAAGAGUGAAAACUCGGAUGCCAUCGGUUGUGAUGCUAACGAUAGCAACUGUGACUUUAAAUAUAAUUUACUAGAGCCAUCAACUAGUACCUGCAUUAGAGAAAACGUCGACGUCAAGAGCCCUGCCAAGCGAUGUCAAUCACUCGAAAACCUCAAUCUUAAUUUAGAAUCCCCGCCGAAGGCAGAAACUUCGCCAGAUAUGGAUUGUGUGUCAACCAGAAUUCAGAAAUUACAAGUCGAUGAAUGACAAUCAAAUUAAGAACAUCAACUUGUGUAAAUGUAUCCAUGAAUAAUAAUUGUGCAUUGAAACUGUGUGUAGUUAAUAUCAGAUUUAAGUGAUCAAUGAACUUGGAAUGUAUUUUUCUGCAUAUGAAUAUGUAUGAAUAGAAUGAAGGAACUUGAAAAUACUGAUUAUAAAUGUUCCUAGAACUUCAUUAAAAUUGAUUUUGCAUGUUUCUCCUGCCUAUGAUGUACCGAUAGAUAAAUGUUAGUUAAAAUUAUAUGCAUUUUUGCUCAACGGAUAUAGAAACCAUUCGAUAUAUAAUUAUUAAAUAGUUACACUGUUUAGUUUUCAUUACUUAGUUAUUGCUUUGGUGCAUAUCGUCAUAUAUUUUAUUUAGAAAAAAAAUUAGGUUAAUGUGCAUUAUACAAUUAAAAAUAUUUGAAUAAAACAAGGGUUCUUCAAAAAUAUAAAUUGACUCAUAUGCACCUAACAUGAAAAUACAUUAAAUGUCUGAAAGUAGAAUUGAUGGUUACCUUUAGCAUAUAGAGCUUGUUGAGAACAAUUUUAAUUUUGUUUUCUCUAAAGUCACAGAUGUAUAAUUUACUGGCUUCCAAUGUGUGUGUUUGAAUUUAUUUAUAUUAUGUUUUAAAAUAGUAAUAAAAAAUAAUUGUGAUUAGUUAAACAACAAAGGUUGUUUUAAUAAGUUUUUACUAGAGAUCUCAUAACAUCACAGCUUGGUGGUGAAUAUUUUGAAUUUAGUGUGUUAAUUCUUGAAGCAAAAUAAAACAAUUAUUUAUCACUCUGUUUCGCUUUAGUGACUUAGGAAUGGCUAAUACAUGUUUGUUAACAUAUUUUGUUAUUUUUUUUCUAUUUAAUAACCAAUAUUUGAAAUAAAUAUUGCCUUGAAAUAUU